AGCAAGUGCUGCAAUAGCAUAAUUGUCGUUUUGUUAUAGUGCUAGCGCCAUUAUAAUUAGUGGGAACUGAUGCAAUCACUUUCUUUGCGGUAUAUAAUCAGUUGCUGGAGUGUCCUUAUUUCUGCAUUCAGGGAAAGCAACAAUGGAGGCUCCAAUGAAGUUGGCCUGCAUUUUGGGAUUUAUUGUGCUUGUCAGCAUUGCUGGGAUGGAAGGGGUUGAUGGGGCAGGGGAAUGUGGGAAAUCCAAUCCAGACAAUGAAGCAAUGAAGCUCGCUCCUUGUAUGAGCGCGGCGCAGGAUGACAAAGCUCCUGUUAGCGACGCUUGCUGCUCCCAGGUGAAGAACAUUGGCAAGAGCCCGAGCUGCCUCUGCGCUGUAAUGCUUUCUGACAUGGCCAAGGCCUCUGGAAUCAAGCCUGAAAUCGCCAUUACCAUUCCCAAGCGCUGCAACAUUGCAAAUCGCCCCGUUGGAUACAAGUGUGGACCUUACACCCUUCCAUGAAGGGUGAACAUAUAGAACUAAAGACUCUUACUUACCGCGCUCGAAGUACUUGAAAAUAUGAUAGAUACUGAUGCAGUAGCAACACUGUUGCUUUGCCUAGUCUUACCAAUAAAGUGCAGAAGCUUGAAUGUAUAUAUCUAUCCUAAAUAAAUAUGGGCGGUAUCGGUAUGAGUAUAAGUCUUUUCCAUA